AUGAAUACAUUGGAAUCUCCGCUUGAAGCUAUAGCUUUCAACUAUCUGAGCUAUGGGUUUUUAACGGCGGUUAACAAUGUCUGGACUUGGGUGGCCGUUCUGACGGCCGCCGUUAGCUUCUGGAGGAUCAAAAUCUUGUCCCUCUCCGUGCCCUCGACGCCCCAACGCCCCAAAUUCCCAAAUGGGCCGUCGAAUCUUCCGACGCCGUCCAGGGGUAUCGUUUUGUCUCUGUCCCCGCUGGUGGAGCGCUUGCCAGCCGAGCCGGUUUCAACGCUGGCCAAAGCUACUGCGACGUCGUUUUCCGCUUGGGAACGGGAGUCGUUGACGAAAGGGAAGUUCACGGCGUAUUUUGACGGUGGAGAUGAAAGUGAGGUAAUGUGGUCGCAUUGA